GUUAAUUGUUUACGUUUUAUUUCCACUCAGUCGUUUCCGCAUAAAAAUUCCGUUAUUCCUUGACAUAAUAACAAAAGGAUAAACAAAUAAGACUUACUAUUAGACGCUAACGAACAAAUAUUUACAAUGGAAAACCUUAAGAACAUUUGGAAGCCGGAAUUGUAUAGGAUUCAGGUGGAAGCGCCAGCUCCUAAGAGAGUGAUUUGUGAGAACUGUCCAGACAGGCCUGAGUUCUACGGGAAGGAAUAUCACGGCGUAAUGGGCCACAAAGAAGCCACAUUGUUACUUGAAGGGGAACCUAACGGGGCCUUUCUAAUUAGAAAAGGGAAUGAGUACAACGACUUUUAUACUUUAACUUGGAGAUUUGAUGACAAAAUACACCAUUACAAACUUUACUAUGAUGGCACUCACUAUAUAAAAGACAAACGUUACGAUACAAUAUACGACUUGGUGGCUGACGGUCUGAUCACCUGCCACAUGGAGCUGAAGGCACACCACAUCCUCGAGAUGAUCAAUUCACGAGCCAGCUACACAGAGAGCCCUUACGUCACGCUUAAUCGGAGGAAACUGAAUACUCUUACUAAAAUGCAACAGUCUUCCAAUAAAUCAAGUCCUAUAAUAAGCAAGACAGAGCACAGAACCGAAGAAGCUGUCAGUAAAAUAGACCUACCAUCACCGGAUGAAAACCCGCUGUUGACAAUGAAAUAUUCAAAGCCCCAUAAUUUCAAAGUACACACAUUCAAAGGUCUGAAUUGGUGUGAACUGUGCGCUAAUUUCCUGUGGGGGUUUACUGCACAGGGUGUCAAAUGUGAAGACUGCGGUUUCAUAGCACAUUCAAAAUGCUCAGAGAGAGUGCCAAACCACUGCGUACCAGACCUGAAGAAACUGCGGGGGGUGUUCGGGAUAGACCUAACCACGUUGCUGAAUGCACACUCCUCCACACUACCCUUCGUCGUGAAGAAGUGUGUCACCGAAAUUGAAGCCAGAGGGAUGGACUCUGAAGGCAUUUAUAGGGUGUCUGGUUUCGCGGACGAGAUCGAAGCGUUGAAGAUGGCUUUUGAUAGAGACGGUGAAGCGGCCGACUUGAGUGUAUACAGCAACAUCAACGUGGUGGCCGGGGCACUCAAACUGUACCUGCGGUUGCUCCCGGUCCCGCUCAUCACGUACGAGGUGCAUCCCAAACUGGUGCAGGCUAUACAAAUGAAGACCACAGUGGUGCAGGUGUCAAUGUUGCGAGAGUGUCUGGAUCUACUGCCGCCUGCGCACUUCAACUGCUUACAAUAUAUGGUGCAACAUUUACACAGGGUGUCCCAACACGCGUCAGAGAACAAGAUGUCAGCGCACAACCUGAGCACCGUGUUCGCGCCCACGCUGGUGGCCACGCCGCCCGCAAUAUCCGACCUCGCCGCAGAGAUCCGCGCACUGCAGACGCUCAUCGAACACUGCGCGCUCAUAUAUCACCAGCAACACUAGAUAGACACACAUACAUUUGUAUAUUCCACACCGGGUGAGUGCCACGGCUAUCCCAAUUGGGGUAGUCACAGGUACAUCCAUCGCAGAAGAAACUGCUCCCCAUGUAAUCCUGGAAUGCACGGGAGUGUCAGCACAACGGGUAUAAAUCCUCAAAGAAAUGGGGUCGCUCCGCGAAGCCUGUGAAAACCCCAGGAGGCUUCUGAGCUUCUGGAAGGAGAUAGGUUGGCUUACGUAUUCGCAUAAUGGGCCAUCUUAGAGUGUAAAUGCGGAAAACAGAGGCCACUAACAUAACAUCCAUCGCAAGAUGCACUCAGUACCCUUUCUGUACGUAUUACUAUUUCUAUCGUAAUGUUUUUUUUUACAUAAAGCGUCACAUAUUUCACACUGGUUGACACAUUCCCAGU